UGGCUGAGCCCGUUGGGAAGGGGGCGGGGCUUGUUUCUGAGUCCUGGCACCAGUCUGCUCUGCAAGCAGCGAAAGGUGGAGAGAUUUUCCCCCCUCUCACACUCUGACUGUCACACACACAUACACACACAAACACCUAUACACACAUACGCGCGACCUGUGACUGAAACGGGACACAUCGAAACGUAACAGGACUAUGGACCUGAGCCUGCGAGAUGCUCUGGGUGGGGGUGGAGGUGGGGUCCCAGGUGGGGCCCCUGCUGAGGCCAUGCUGAAGAGAGACUUUGUGGCCUCACUGGAGAAAGAGAGCUAUGAUGACAAGGUGGGAGAGACAGUCUCCAAGAGCGACUACCGGCCCUUACUGGAUGGAAAGGACACCAAGAGCGGUCCAGGGAUGAUGUCAUCCAUGAUGUCAUCAGGGGGACGCCAAGACCCACCAGGACAGUCUGCCUUCAGCUCUGACUACCUGUCCGGUCCUAUGAUGGGUGGGAGGACAGAUCAAUGGAGCAAGACAAAGGACCAAAGCACGCCUGACUCAUUUCUAGGCGUUUCUCAGUCUGGGAUGGGAGGGACCACGGGGUCCAGCCUGCCACCGUUCCAGACCAGUAUGAGCUCCACUGUCGGCCAGACUGGGAUGGGUUCAGCUAUGGACACCCAGAAGAGUUCGGGCCUAUUUGGUGUGGAAAACAAAACCACCAGUAACACCAGUGGAAGCAAUCUGUUUUCUUCUGGUGGCCCAGGAAUCCACUCUAUGGAUCACUCUGCAGCUCCCAUCCUCUCUCCCAGCAGCUCAAUGGAUGACAGCAGUCUCACUUCCUCCGCCUCCGAACCCCUCAGCCCUGAGAGAGUGGGGCCGGGGGGCGAGGCUGCCAAGCAGCAGCAGAGACGGCGAAAGAAGAAGAGGAAGGGCCACGACCAGGUCUACGACUUCUUGGAUAGCCAGGAGAAUAACGUUGGCCAAUCAGACAAGCAUAAGGACGGACUGGAGGAGGAUGAAGACGGGGAGGAGAACUGGGAGUGGGAGAUCAGAGAGAGUGGAGGAGGGGGUAGAGUGAAAGGCAGGAAAACUAAGAGUCGGGCAAGACUUCCAGAGGAAUGGGGAGUGCAGCAGCCCAUCUCUCCCACCCUGGCUACAGUCACUCCUACCUGGGCUACAACUGCCAACUCUGGUCCUUCUGACUCCAAAGCUCCAGACUCCUACCACAGCCCUGUUUUGCCCUCUGCCCCUACACAAAUACCCACAAGUUUCAUUAACCGUUCCCAUGCUAACCUCGCAACAGAUUCAUCUCCACGCUCUUACGAGCCGAUGUGUGUAGACGAUUUCCCUCUGUCUGCUGAAGAUGGUCAAAAACACAAUGAAGAGAAAGUUUCGCCCAGCAAACCUGAACCUAACAGCACAGCUGCUAGUGUUGCCAACAACAGUAGUUUAGGUGAAGAUGUUAGUGGUAGUCUAGCAUUGUUGACAGGGGACAAUCUGAGCCCAGUCUCCCAGACCUUCUCUUUCCUGGAUUCAGUCCUCCAGACCCCUCCAGGCUCCACUCCUGACUCACAGUCCACCACCCCUAUCACUAACACCCCCUCCCUUUCUACGGCUCCCCUGACAAAGUCCACUCCAACAGAAAUCGGCAUCCUUGCUUCACAAGCCACUUCAGUUUUCAACCCUUCCAAAAGCACUCCAGACCUUCCUCCUACUUCCGCUUUGUCCACCAACCCAUCACCGUUAGCUGCCGCAGACACACACCCUCCAAUAACUGCAGUCGGAUCAUCCCUCAACGUCGAUGCCAAGCCUUUCGUCCCCUCGGCCACACUCGUAUCCUCCACAGCCACACCCAGUACGACUGCACCUUCUCCGGCUGUUAGUACAGCAGCCGCCGCCACGCCCCUUAGUUCCUCAGCUUCUCCCUGUAAGAAUGAAGCCACUCCCACAUCAUCAUCAGACACUCCCCCAAAAGGUGUAGCCACGACCUUUAGCUCAGCAACAGCCACUCCCUCUCCAUCCAUCACCCCCGCAGCCCCUCCUUCUCUCCCUGCACACUCAGAGCACCAGGAGUCCUCGUCGCCACAGCUCCCCCCACUGGAAGUGAAAUCUGACAACAAGGACAAGCAGGAGAAGACAGACAAGUUUGACACCUUUGAUAAGAAAGAGAAAGACGAUCAGCAGAAGAAGGACACUGGUCCGGACAAGAACCAGAAGUCUGAGAAGAUCCUCAAAGAUGAGGACAAGAUGGAGAAGAUGAACGCGGAGAAAAACAACGAGAAGGCCAACGAGAAGGCAGAGAAGGUGGACAAGCCGGAGAAGACCAACAAAGACGAGAAGAAGGAAGAGGAGAAGAAGCUGGCCGAGAAGGGAGGGAAAGGGACAGCCAAGUCUCCAACAGGCAACAGCAGCAAGACCCUGCCCAGCCCUGACAGCAAGAGCAAGCCUGACGUGGGUUCAACUAAACCAAACUCCGCUAAAUCCCGCCCAUCCACCCUCUCCACCAAUGGCGAGGCCAAACGCCCUUCCCCCACCACAGCCUCAGCCAAUAAAAAAAGCCCUGUACCCAAGGCGGCCACACCCACUGCCGCCAAGCGGCCGCCAAACGCAGCUGGCUCCGCUAAGGCUGCCAAGACUCCAGAAAAUGAGAAACGCCCACCUGUGCCAAAGGCCACGCCCACACCCCGUGCGACUGCCAGUAAGAAUGGCUCCUCUGCAACUGCUGCAAGUAACCCUGCUGCGAGCAAGAAUGACAAGACUGAGAACAAGACAGGCGAGGCCAAGAAACCCAAGACUACAGCCCGUCCUCGCCAAGCCUCCACCACUACUCCUGCUGCCUCCACUAACGGUGAAUCCUCUCACCGCCGCCGUGUCAUCACUAAACCCCCCGUGCCCAAGCAGACCCCAAUGGAGAAGAAGCCGGCGGUGCCGCGUGCUCCUCGAACCCCCCGGCCCAUCAACGCUCCAACACCUGACCUGAAGAACGUCCGCUCCAAGAUCGGAUCCAUUGACAACAUCAAGUACCAGCCUGGUGGAGGAAAGGUCUCCUCCACCCCGAACAACAAGGCGUCGGACCCCUCCACCCCUGCCGCCAAGGCCAGAGUUCAGAUAGUGCACAAAAAGCUGGACUUCAGCCAUAUCACGUCUCGCUGUGGCUCCAAGGACAAUAUCAAACAUGUCCCUGGAGGUGGCAAAGUCCAGAUCCUGCAUAAGAAGGUUGAUCUGAGCAAGGUGACGUCCAAAUGUGGGUCAAAGGACAACAUCAAAUAUAAGCCAGGUGGAGGUGAUGUGAAGAUUGAGACCCAUAAGCAAAACAUUAAGACUAAGUCUAAGAUUGGAUCCAUGGACAACGUGGGGCCAGGCAACGAACAGACCAACGGACACAAGCUACAGGAGGAGAAAACAGAGAAGACAUCUUCACCCCCAAGUGGCGCUCCGACAACUGGAUCAGCAGGUGUUGCUAAGGCAACAGCACCAGGAGGUGUUGCUAAGGAGAAUGGGGUGAAGGAGCCCACACCUUCUCCUUUCGGGGGAGACGGACUGAGGGAGCAUAGCAUAGACAAACGCAUCACUGAGACAAAUUGAGUCCCAGUGACCUGUAGAUUUUGGUGGGACACGUAUGGCGCUCGCCGACCUGCCAAUCAACCGAACAACCAACCUACCACGGCGCAGUCACUUCCCUUUGGCCCCGCCCUUCAUCUCGCCCACCGCAGCACCGAACCGACCGAUCGCCUCUCAGUGUUUCUCUGGGGUCUGCCUGCCAGCUUCCUGCUACCAACCCUGACCUUUAACCUCUCAACGGAUAAACCUUUGGCCCUGCCUACCACAGAGAACAGCACCUGCUGUUUGUCUGUGUUUCUGUGUGCGGAGUUCCACCAGCUCCUCGACUGAUAAAAUUCCCUUGUAAACACUAAUUUAGAGGACUUCAACCUCAAACCCCAAAUUUAACAACACCAACGCAAUAAACCCUCUAUUGUAGUCAAUGCUGUAUGGAAGUAUACUGAGCAUAGCCAGUUUUAAAAUAUUUUGCACAUAUAAGUCUAAUUACUGUUUUAACACGUGUUCUUAUAGUGCAAACACCCUGCCUCAGAACUCAGUCUAAUUUAUGGUCGCUCCUACAGGCCUUCACGAUUCAAAACCACUUUGAUCUUCGACUCUUGCUAGCAGACCUAUGCUAAUGCUACUAUUUUGCCCACCUCCAUUCCCAGUCCUUGUCCACCUAGCCCCAGACCACACUAACCAGCCGAGGGCCUGCUACCAGUCAGCAGCAGGGAAAAGUCUGCUUUAAAUCAACACGUUCCAGCCUCCCAGCCAGCCAGCGGUUAUUUCCGUAUCAGCAGCACUGCACAUUCUCUCGUUAUAGGUACUUCUACAGCUCACUCAUCAAAUUAUCUCCCAUUACAUCUCUCUGUAUCAUUGCACCAGUUUGUCUCACCCAAAUGUAUUACAAUAAUGCUUCUUUAUCUCUGGACUAUUGAUAUCAUUAUGCUCACCAUUAGCAGUGAUCGGUGCAGAGGAUAUGGGCUUAUGUAGAGGAGAGAGGAUGCACGUGGAGACGUUUGGAAAUAGAUCUAAAGAAUGGAAAUAGAUCUAAAGAUAAUGUUCAGAGUCAGUGCAGAAAGUCAGUGCUGAAGCGUUUAGGAUGUCAGGCAGUCCCUGUGUUAUGUUUCAAGAAAAGAUGCAUUCAUCAACAGCACAGUACAGAAAUGUAAAGGCUAUAACAAAGCAGAUGACUUCUACCACAAUUAGAAACAUCAUUUAAUGAUGUGAUUAGUGCAUGAUAGAAAGGUAGGCGUAAAGUGAUGGGGGAGCUCUGUGGCUUCUCUGGGUAGCCUUGCCUCAAAAAGGAUUUGGCACUGAACAGGUAUUUGAUCGUGAAGCCAAAUAAGUUAAGAUCACAGUAUUUAACCUUGAACAGUGAUUACAAAUUCAAGCUAAAGGAGUGAUCUUGAACAGAAGUAUUUUUGAACCCUUUUAUGAUAAGUGAAGUUGAACUUUCAGCUGCUGCACCUUUUAGGCGUUAAUGCACAGUAUACUGUAUGUAGCACUUCUCUAAUUGUGGACAGUGUGAACAACCAUGUCACAGGCUGCUGGGUAAAGACCCGGUCACGCCAGCACUUGACAUGGCGAGAUUUCAUGGCAAAAAACAAAUUAUUACAAUGGAAUUGGGAAGAUAAGUGAUAAGUGAUGUGGUGAAAGUGAAACCGUGCAAAAUAUUAACGUUCAAGUUAGCUUUGACACGCUAAUUUGCUGGGUUGGAGUAAACGGUAGUGAUGUCCAAAUGAAGCUUCGUUAACCUGUAGUUGUAUUUGUUGACCCCACUAGAUGGCACUCUUGGUUUAAAGUAAAAGGCUCAAGGAAUGGCAAUUCCGUGCGCUUUUAACCCUUUGUUGAACAGAGACCGCCAUCUAGUGGGCUCAGAAAAUAAAGAAAGUGGUUCAUGAAGCUAGCCAUCACUAGUAAACGGCACAGUAAAGAGUAAAUGGGGGGGGGGGAAAUCUGUUGUGAGAGCUGUUGCGACUGACUAGGCUAGGAUGUUCUCUGCUCGCCAGAGUCUUACUGUUAGCUCGCCAGCUACAUUUGUUUAACAACUUACCCUGUUAUUAGUCCCUUACGUCACCAAGCUGCAAAGACCACAUAAUUCGGGAAGAUGAAUGAAUUUCACUAUGUCAUAUUCUGGUGUGAUCGGGCCUUAAUUCACUCACAAAAUGUUCUUUCAUUUGGAUUCACAUUAGCUUCCACAAAGUUGUCCCCCUUACUGUCUAAUCGCUUGAUCCUAAACCGUAUCGUUCAGUCCUGAGCUGUGUCUAGCAUUUACAGUUCACGUGUGGCUAUAAGAGACUUCUUUCUCUCGUGCAUGUGGUACGUCCUGGUCAUGUAACAGAGCCACACCCUCUUUUAAGUCCUCCCACUAGCCGGUGCGUCUUAGAAUCCUCUCUGUGAGACCUGCUAACUUUCUUCACACACAAACACACUUGCACAUAAGCACAUAUAUACACAGGAAAGCACACACAUGCUUGUUGGUUUGCAUGCAUGCACACAUACACACACUGGCACACACACACACACACACACACACACACACAGGAAUCAGCACAUAAACACGUACAAUAUAAUACACACAAAUACGCACCCUAAAAUAAAAACGGUAUGCUGUUCAUAGAAGCAUUUGUCUGUUAAUAAAACCAACUCUUUAUUGUAUUUUGGUGGUCUAUGCUGAUGCGCUGUGUCGGUGUGUUGUUCCUAUCAUAGUCAUUGUCUGGCUUUUUUUUUUUUUUUUUUAAUCAUAGGUUCACCUCAUCCUGCCUCCUUCUCGUCUAUUUCCUCGUCCUGUGUUUCACUCCGACUCUCUGACAGCAAUACAGUGAUCUUAGUUGAGAACGCAUCCUGUCACGUGCGCCUACACAUGACAGAGACAGAGAAUGACCACAGAAGUUGACAGGUAGUUAAGAGAGUUCACUUGUAGGAAGAAGUGUCAAUCAAAGGGAAUAAUGUUACAUUCAUGGCAAGUCUGAAGUUGGCAUUUUCUUUGCAACUUUUUUAGUUAAUUUACAAGAGACUGUUCUGUAGAUUGAACCUACUAAGAGCUACUACCAAGCCACUUUAGGUGACUACUGCACAGAAGCAGAUGAUCAAGAUGAACGUGUUUCUAAUUAUCUAGUGUCUCUAGCACAUAUUUUACUUCUAAAUAAAAACCUCUGUAGUGUAAAUAGAUGGAAGUAACUAGAUUUUAAAUGGGUAUUUUUUAGACUUUUGUUGAGCUUUCUCUUGUACAAAAAAAUAUUAAAAUUCUCAAAGGUAAAAAAAUUAUUAUUUUACUACACUGGACAGCAGGAACUGUCCGGCUCCAAAAUGUCAUGAAUGCAGCAGUAUUUCAGCAAGGAAGAAGCAAGAAAGGCCUGCAAAUACUGUCAUUGGGACCAUCCAGUGGUGUGAAGUUUUCUUUCUAGUGAACAAAUCUGUACUAAAAUAGAGAUCCACAGGUUAAGUUUUUUUUUUUUUUUCUUCAUUAAAAUGGCCGUAUUACAUUCAGACACAAAGAAAAUCUAAAUCAAUGGUUGAUGAGAAAAUUACCUAAAUUUAUAGGGAACAUUAGUUUUUGUCUUAUUGAUCUUGUGUGGAGAAGAGAUGCAACUCUCCAUCCUGUUUGCAUUAUUUUAGGAAAAGCAUUGUGUCUCAGCAGAAAAAUGAGCAUAGAAGCAUCUAUCUUAAUGGAGAAGUCCCCAUCUACUCCCUGUAAUUCUAUGCAUUAUGCAAUUAAGGCUGGGAUGGUCUCUGCUAAAACUAUGAAGGAUUAGUGACGUGUUUGUGGGGUGUUGCCGUAGUUGUCAGAUGUGUGAAGUGUUACUACUGCAUCCAUCCUGUAGAGAGCGCUGCUUAGCCUCUAGAACACUGAUAGUCUGGCUCUGAGACUUAACUAAGACUUAAGGCUGACUGAGAAACCUUACAUCGCCAUUAGAGAAGCUUUAGUCGAGUUACAUACUGUUCUCAUUUAAACUACAUUUGAUGGUUACACUAUAUUAUUGUAUCUGGAACACUAAAUACAAUCAAAAUCAUAUUAAUUAUGUACAGUUCCCCUUAAAACUUAAAAGUCUUGUGCACUUUGAACACAGUCUUGUUCAUUUAUUGAUGCAUUGAAGUGAUGUAUAAGUUGCUUCACUGUAAAUUGGUAAAACAUUGUCAGCUGUGUACUGUAAAUGUGUGCUUUUGGGAGCAAAACAGUCUUGGUAGUUAGAUAAAGUUAUGAUAAUCAAAGAAAAAAAUGAUCAAAUAGUCAACAAUAAAGACUAGGCAACUAAAAGCACUAUUUAAGCAUAUUUAAUAUUGUACUGUCCCUCCAAAUCAUUCCCAUGAGUUGCCCAUAAGUAAACAGAAGAUACAUGCAAUAUGUGUGGAUCAUAUGUGAAAGCGAAAAUGUGAAUUCUUCUUUGGGAAUAGAGGGACAUAGGGAUAAAAGCACUUUGAUAGGUGUAGACAGUGGUUUGUGCAUAUAACAGAGGAACAAGUUGUAGUCUUAAGCUUAGUGUAAGAGUAUGUUACCAUAUGACUGGGUGACCUGAUGUUGUGUAUCUUGAAUGGCACAUGGGUACCCCUUUGUCUUGGUCAGCUUAGUGGACUUUAGUGGAGCUUUGGUCAUCGGUGUUGUGCUAUUGUAAUGGCUAUGAUGGUUUAACACUCACCUCUCCAGUCUGCCCUCUUGUCGUUCCUGUCAACAGUCACUGCUUAUUACUUUCUGACCAAGCUACAAAGGCACAUUUCCCAAGUGGGCAGGUGUCAGUUUAUAGUCAGUUAAAGUAAAGGAUAAGUAAGGACAAAUAGUUGUACAUAAAUGACAAAGAUGCGUUUGAGGUCAUUUAGAAGCAGUGACAGCAUUAGAACGUCUACUUUUUAACAAAAAAAAUGGCUCAAUGCAAAUCUUGGCCACAACUCUUUUACAACCAAAUGUAAGGGAUCCUUAUGAAAAUCUUUUGUUUAUGUUAUGUGUUUAUGUACAAAAUCAGCCAAAUUGAUAUAUAAUUACCAAAUAUUAAAAAAUCGAUAUUGGUAUCUGCCUCAAAAUUCUAGUAAUGGGUCAGUUCAUACUUUACAUUCUAUAUGCUAUAGCAACAGCGCACAAGCUGUCAAAUAGAGGUAAUUGUGGUUCCAGUCUACCCUUCCUGACCAUUCAUAUAUUCAGUAAGAAGAACAGUGGGCCACCUUAUCCCUUAAAGUUCAGGUUUACAUUAUCAUUGAGGAUAUGAUUAGGUUUAAGACUAGAUUCAAGCUUUUAGUACUCAGUAGUAACCAGUAUGGUUAUUUGUGGAAUAAAGUUAACAUUGCAACUUUGCAGCUUGGGCAGAAGGUAAUAACCAGAGUGACUCUGAUGUCUGUUCACAACUGUUUGAAUCCCCAGUUAUAGCGCUUGAACACCACCCUUCCACUAGUAUCUCACGCUGUCCCUUGUAUAUAGUUUCCACCAUGUUUUUAUCACUCCAGAAGUAACUCUAAUUAAUUAAAAUUAAACAAAAAAAGAAAGAAAAAAAAAUCGUACUUCUUAACAGGAUGUUGUGGAUGUUGACAGAUGAGCUUUCACGUUCAUAAACCUGUUACCAUUGAGGGUAAUAAUGGUAUUAUUAUAAGAUUGAAAGCAUAAGUAAGGGAAAGUGUACUUCUUUUGUUUUUCAGAGUCUGCCUUUUUUCCGCCUAGAAAAGGGCUGCUGAAGUUUCAAGAAUGUUUUUAAAAUGUAUUAAAGAUGCAAGAUUAUGAAUACAUGUAUGAGGUUUGUCUCUGUUCUGUUCUGGAAGAUAGAUCACAUAUGGAAACACUAUUUACCAGAUUCAAAUUGAUGAGGAGGAAGGGAGGCAGUGUGUGUCGUGUUUUGGUAUGGUCUGAUGGAUGACUGAACACGCAUUACAGACAGGAAAAUAAAAUCACACACUUUGGAAUCGGUCGGCAAACUUUAGUUCAUUAAAACAGAAAGAAACAAUGUGAUUGGUUUCCACUUUGAUUUAAAAUGCACUACUGUACACGUAACACCUGACACACGCUGGUCAGCCUUUCCUCUCGCCGACCGCCACCCCCCUCCGGUUAGACUAGCCAGACUUUUGGAAUGUGGUAGGAUGUAAUGUUCUUUAUUAGACAGCUCCUAUAUAGACACCUUGACAUACCUACCAACACGGGAGUGAAUUAAGGGAUGUCUUGUACCAAAUUAUCUUCUCAGUGUCAAUAACAAAGGCAAAACAAUUACAGAACAUUUUGGGCAAAUUUGCACAAUUAAAAACAUAGGGUAAAGCAAUGAUUGCUGAGCUCAAACAUUUAGGUUGAACUUGAGCUGUCUUUCGAAGACAGUCUGCUAAUUGCCUGAAAUAUAACUGGGAAAAGGUUAUCAAAAAUAAAAGAGAGUGUUGGUAGAUAUGCACCCGGAGCCCAUAGCUGUGUCUUUCACCUACAGAGACUUUUCAACAUCACAGUACUGAAAAGUAGCUUUCUCUACAUUACCACAUACAGUAUGCAGCCACUACCAGAUGGUAGGGCAGUAAAAACCAUAUUCCUAUAGUUUUGUUUUUGUUUUUUAGCAAGAGAGCACAAACUAGAACUGCACCGCUUCAUAAACAAUAAAUAUUGUUUUUGUUAUAUAAUAUUGCUUUGUUGAUAGGAUGUUCAUACGGUACUACCUACUGUACUUUUCGACAGGGGUAAUAGCUAUAUGUUCAAAUUGGUCAUUACAAAUUGAGAGGAAACGGGCAAAAAUAAUGCACUUUUCAGUACCGUGAAGUGGAUCCACUGCAGUGUGUGCUGUAUCAUUCUGUAGGGCACAACACCAUAGCAAGAGCAUGCAGAAGACAACAAACAAACUGCUGGUUGUUAGAGGCAUCUGUCCUGUUAGAUAGAGCUCAUCUCCCCCCUUCAAUUCUGAAUAUUUGGUAUGAAAGAGAUGUUCAUUGUGAUUCAUUGUUAACCAGUGAUGUGAAUAUUAUAAUCAUGAAAUAAAAAGAUGAGCAAAAGAUCA